CUGUCUAUUACCGACACCUUUGUUCCGUCCAGGGAUUCCGGUCGUGACCUCGCCAUCACUCAAUACUUCUGACCACUUCCUGCUCAUGUGCUCUUCAAGCCAACGCUGAGCUGCCAUUACAGGACUGUGAGACCCAAGGGCGUAGGUUUGGGGGUUGACAGCGUGAAGCAUUUACCCAUGUUUCCAUUGAACAUGGUAUCCACAUUAUUUUUCAGUUAAAUUAGGGCGCUGUCAUUAUCAACCUUGAAUGUGGACCACUUCCGGUAUAAGCCACACAGCUUUUUUUAGCUAUACAAAAAUACGACAUUAUGCCGCUUUAUAUUACAGGCUGACAAUAAAUGCCGCCAUAUUAUUAUCAUUAAUUACGAUUGUCAUGAAGUCAUUGGUUUUGAGCGCAUAUAGUUUCACCGUUUAUCGCAUUUUACCAUCGUUUUAUCAGACACUGUUGCACUGGCAGAAUGAAUGAAAUCAGGCGCUGACAGGACAGUCCUCCGCGCCGUCUGACACACCACAAUUUUUACACAACCAGCAGAGAGGAGAAAGCUGCCAGGAAAAUGCUGCUUCAACUGUAUUUUGUUUUAUCUUGGCAACAUAAUAAAUGCAUUUUACUCUCCGUUUUUGUCAGAGUGCAUUCUCUCUUUCUUAGCGGUUCAUAGUAAACUGACACGCAAAUCUCGCAUUCAGCAUGGCUUAUGAAACAUCGCCUUUGGAAAUAACUAAUUAAAGGCAUCUUCGGAGGUUAUGUAGGUACAUAUGAGGAUUACAUGGAGACCAGAAAGACUGCAUCAUCACGAUCUCGUAUGAAUGGUAAGGUUGGGAAUGCAGCAACGGGCGGCAUGUUGGCCUGUAUUGAGGGUCUACCGCCGCUGCCCAAAAGCCUGAGCGGACUGCUGAACUCCAGCGGUGGAUCGUGGCGAGAGAUGGAGAGGAUGUACGUGAAGAAGACCAUGAUUCAGGACGACCUGAGCCGUGGAAGAAAUAACACGGACAGUUUGCUGGCGAAUAAACCAGCAAACCUGGAUGCCGCCUUGGCUCUGCUAAGAAAAGAGAUGGUGGGUUUGCGGCAGCAGGACAUGUCCCUACUCUGUCAACUCUGGUCCCUUCAUGAGUCCAUCCAGGAGUACAAGGGCAGCUGCCAAGACCUCUCUGCCGUGUCCAGUGCCGAUGGACCAUACGGCAUGGAGAAUGGUUAUUUCGACGAAGAUGAGGAAUAUUUUACUGAAUCCGGUAUGACACCAGCUGAAACACCAGAUGGAGAUGAUAUGUCACCCAAAAAUGGGACGUCCAAGGAUAGUUGGAUACAUGACUCUUUCCAAAUCACAAUAUAAAAGACAUACUUUGUUUGUUUGUUUUUUCUUUAAUGAAAGGAAUAGUUCACCCAAAAAUGUAAAUUCUCUCAUUAUUUACUCACCCUCAUGCCAUCUCAGAUGUGCAUGACUUUCUUUCUUCUGCAGAACACAAAUUAAGGUUUUUAGAAGAAUAUUCAGUUCUGUAGGUCCAUACAAUGCAAGUGAAUGGGUGCCAAAAACGUCAAAAAUUGACGUUCCAAAAAUCACAUAUAGGCAGUAUAAAAGUAAUCCAUAUGACUCUAGUGGUUAUUUUUAUUUCCAUAUUUUCUGAAGCAAUAUGAAUGGUGUGGGUGAGAAUAUUAAAGUGAGAAUAUUAAAGUAAAUGUUCUCAGAAAUUCAUCUCCCUGCCCAGUAGGGGGCAUAUGCAUGAAGAAUGUGAAUCACCAAAAACACAAGAAGAAUGUGAAAGUUAAAGUGGUGGCUGACUGAGCAGGGAGGAGAAUUUAUAGUAAUAAUGGACUUAAAUAUUGAUCAGUUUCUAACCCCUCACCUUUCAUAUUGCUUCAGAAAUGUGGAUUUAACCACUGGAGCCAUAUGGACUACUUUUAUACUGCUUUUAUGUGACUUGAAGCGUCAACAUUUUUGCACCCAUUCAUUUGCAUUGUAUGGACCAAAAAGCUGAGAAAUUCUUCUAAAAAUCUUAAUUUGUGUUCUGCUGAAGAAAGAAAGUUACACACAUCUGGGAUGGCAUAAGGGUGAGUAAAUGAUGAGAGAGUUUUCAUUUUGGGUGAACUAUUCCUUUAAUAAAAACAAGCUGUGCCAUAAUUUCAUUUGCUGGCAUUGUUUAGAACAGGCUCUUUGAAUAAGAAAUUAGAAACAAGGAUUAUUAUUUAUUGUAUAAUACUACAAUAUAAUAUUUUUUUGCUGAUUUAAUCGACAUUGGAAAUUUUAUGAAAUCUUUUUUAUAAGGGGAGAAGCAUAUCAUUUUAUAGUAAUGUUUACAGUAAUGCAUGUUUAAACUUAUGAGUUUAAAGAAAUUGGUUUGACUUGAUGCUUCGCCCAACUGGAUUUAGUAUUAUUUCUCAGUGAAUGCUUGAACUGCUACUACUUACCUCACUGGAAUGUAAUCCAAGGUAUAACCAGCAAAAAAAAACUCCACAGCAUCACCCAAAAAAAAAAAACCGUCGUGUCCCAGUUAACUGUGGAGACUAACUAAUUAUUGCCUUCUUUGAGCUUAUACACAUUUAUGUAAGUAUAAUGUUGAUCAGCUGCAUUGAACAUUUCCACCUUAUGUAAACCUAUGGUAGAUCGUGUAUUGUAGAUGUUUUAUUUAUUUACGUAUAGUUGCUGCUCAAAGUCUUCCAUUGCCUCUCAGAACAUUUCAUGGGAGUUAUCGCUGUGUAUCCUUUUCAAAUGUCAAGUGACUUUCAUUUAUAUUAAAGUCACCCGUAUUGAUAAUGUGAGAUAAUAAACCAGUUUUGGCAUAAGUAAAUCAGCCUUGCUACCAAAAAGAAUCCCUUUCCAUAGUAUAUGCUGAAUGUGAUCUCAUAGCAUACACAUUAAGGAGUCAUAUAUGCAGUCAGAUCAUGUAAGCAUUUCUUUACAUUUAUUUGAUGUGUGGGCAGGGUUGGGGUAUAAUGGAAUACAUGUAAUGGGAUUACGUAUUUCAAAUACAAAAUAUUAGUAACUGUAUUCCACUAGAGUUACAGUUUAAAUCAUUGGUAAUUAGUUACAUUCAAAAACUAUUUUGAUUACUGAAGAGAUUACUUUGCAUUUUAUUGUCACUUGUUUAAUUUAAUAUUUAGUCCUUUCAGAUGGAAAACAUUUAUACAUAUAAAUAAUGUGAUCCAAAGUGCAUUUGAACAGCGGUUAAACACUUUCUUAUGAUGUCUUACGUUCAUACGAGCAGACAGAGAAGUAAGUUUGGAGCAGAAGAAAUAGAAAUAAACCUUGUGUAAAUUGUCAGCUUUACACUAAGCUAAAAAGCUAUUUCUAUUCAUUUUACAUGCAUGUUACCAGGCACGAUCAUAUUUUUUUUAUCAAGAAAAUUCACGUUAGAUCAUAAUUUCUUUUUUUUUUUUUUCUAGUAAGACCUUUGAUAUUAGGGCAAAAAUCUUAUUCUUGAUGAUAAUUUUUGUAUUGUUUUCCUGUAAAAAUAUAAAACAAAAUCCUUAAAACAAGAUCAGUUUGAUUUAUCUUGUUUUAGAAACAACACUGCAUAAGAUAUUUAGGUUUUUCAGAGAAUGUAUUUUUAACGUGUAUUUUGUCUUACUGUACUGGCAGAGUUUUUAUAGUCAAAACAAGUGAAAAAAUCUGCCAGUGCUGAAGAAGUAAUCUAAAGUAUUUACAAUAUGUUACUGACAUUGAGUAAUCUAACGGAAUAUGUUACAAAUUACAUAUUACAGCAUGUAUUCUGUAAUCUGUAGUGGAAAACAUUUCAGAAGUAACCCUCCCAACCCUGUGUGUGGGUGAUAUCAUACUGCCUGUUAUGCAAAUUGUGUCUUCAAACAUCAGUUCUAUGUGAAUAAGUACUGAGGACAGUGCUGUGUAGCUUUCAUUUAUUGAGAAUGUCAAGGGUAUAGUUCACACAAACAUAAAAAUCUUGUCAGUUACUCCCCUUCCUAUUGUUCCAAACCUGUAUGGCAUUAUUUCCUCCGUGGAACACAGAAGAUUUAGACUAAGGAGGAAGGAAGAAAAUCAUGAGGGUUUGGAAGAACAUGAGGGUGAGUGAUGACAGAACUUUAAUUUCUACAUGAACUAUGCCUUUAAUACCAGCAGAGAGAGAAUUUGUUCUACCUCCUGUGUGUUUGAGCUCUGAGAUGUGAUGGUAGCCAUUUUAUUCUCACACCAGCAGACACAAGCGGAUGCUUGCUAAUUCUCAGCAUUUACCCAAACAGAUACUAUAUGAUUUUAACAGUCAACACCGGUGCUUAUUUACCAAGUCUCAAUUCAAUUCUGACUUGCUCUUCAAAGUUAUAACAUUUGGUUUUGGCCAAAACAAAAUAAAAAGGGUCCUGUUAUGCAACCAGCAAGGCUUUAGGUGCUUUGACCAAAAGCAGCACUGAAUAAAGUACUUCACACAGAGUGCCUUGACACCCCUAGGGUUUGAAUCCAGGUGUUUUUGCAGCUUCUGGCACUCUAUUAUCUUAUCUCAUAUCUGUAUCCAGCAUCUUUGUACAUCAGCUCAUCCAUAUUUCAUCCUUAACAUUGAAUCCAGCAAAAGAAAAAAUUCCAGAAAACACCAAUAAUGUCUCACCACCCAUCUUCUUACUUUCUACCCUGCAGUGAUUUAUAGCUUUGAUCCUGCCAUUUUCUUGCUUGGAAAUCCCCACUUGGUUUUUGCAAUUUGCAUAGAAGUCAGUAAAAGUAAUUUUCUGCUUGUUUGAUCUCUAAGGUUGGUUUGUGAAUUGCUUUCUUUAGUUGUUUUGUAUACAAAGAUGCUGAAUUAUUCUGUUAGAUGGCAUUUGCGUGUUCGACUUGGUCAGUCUGUGUUCUUGAAACUUUUUCAAAGGUCUGGGAUGUGAAACAUAUGUUGAUGCAGUUUGAACUUUUUCCAAAAGACCUGGCUAUGGACAGUUUUGGAGGAUAAAUUUUGUAUGUUUAAUCGUGUGGUAGUAAUACAAAAUAAAUGAAAUAUCAUAAUG